AUGGCAGCUCCCCGGACCCGCUACUACUGGCUAGCCAAGGCGAGCCUGCUUGGAUUCUCAUUGGCGGCCACAGACAAGGCAACUUAUACCGACCACUCCGUGACAGCCAUCAAGACGUUACAGACCUUUUACGAUGAGCCAGAUGGGCUCUGGGAAACGACAGGCUGGUGGAACAAUGCAAAUUGCCUUACUGUUCUGGGAGACUUCCUCUCCCUUUCCGUUGACGGGGCAAAUGACUUAGACUUGGACAAUGUGCUCUCCAAUACUUUCACUCAAGCCCAACAGACCACUCAGACGGCAACCAAGACGCUUGUGAAAGGCUCGAGUAGGCGUUUGUUCGAAUCAAGAUACACUGCUUCCCCAGUACUGGGCGACUCCGGCCUCGCUGCCAGGGGCUUUAGUGGCUUCAUCAAUAAUUACUAUGAUGACGAAGGAUGGUGGGCUCUCGCCUGGAUCCGAGCAUACGACGUCACUGGCAAUACGGAGUAUCUUAAUAUGGCGGAAAGUAUCUUUGCGGAUAUGCAAGGCGGUGUCAACGGUACUUGUGGGGGAGGCAUAUGGUGGAGUAAGGACAGGAAGUACAAGAACGCAAUCGCCAAUGAGCUAUACCUAUCCGUUGCUGCUUCUCUUGCAAACCGUGCAGCCGGAUCGGAUUCGUACUUGAGCAUCGCCAAGGACGAAUGGAACUGGUUCAAGGGCAGUGGUAUGAUAAACGACAAUAACUUGAUCAAUGAUGGACUCGACAUAAACUCUGAUGGGUCUUGUUCCAAUAAUGGGGACACGGUAUGGUCCUACAACCAGGGAGUCAUCCUCGGUGGGCUGGUCGAACUCUCCAGAGCCACUGGGGACUCUGAGUACCUGUCUGAGGCUACUUCGAUCGCGGAGGCUGCGAUAGAGGCUCUUUCGGAGGACGGCAUCCUUCAUGAAAGUUGUGAGCCCAAUGAUUGCGGGGCCGACGGCUCUCAGUUCAAAGGUAUAUUCAUGAGGAACCUGUACUACUUACAGCUCGAGGCCCCGCAAGACAGUUUCCGCAGCUUUAUCCUGGAUAACGCGGAUUCCAUUUGGAAUAACGACCGUAACAGCAGUGACUUCUUGGGCCUCGUGUGGUCUGGUCCUCCUUCGGCAGGCGGGUUCCCUGAUGCGAGCACGCAAAGCUCGGCAUUGGACACGCUCGUUGCUGCGGUGGCCGUGUUCUAG